AUGGGCGAAAUAGUGGAAGAAAAGGAUCUCGAAGGGGGCUCUUCUCCUAUCGAACGGGACGCCAAGGUGGUAUAUGACUAUCACCGAAUGCGUAUGCCGUUGGCAUCUCCUGUCGAUGCUGUGUUCUGCCUCUGCAGUCUGGACCUUCGGGUCGCGGACCGAGCCGCGCAACUCUUCAUGGAUGGUCACGGAGAGUACCUCAUCUUCUCGGGCGGCACUGGAAGGCUGACCCAGGGCCGCUUUGAUAGACCAGAGGCGGAGGUCUUUGCAGACCGCGCUCGGACUCUGGGCGUCCCAUCUGACAAGAUUCUUACCGAGCCUGCGUCCACCAACACGGGCGAGAAUGUCCGCUUCACGUGGCAACUUCUUUCCAGCAAAGGUCUUCGCCUGAAGUCUUUUAUUUUGGUCCAGAAGCCCUACAUGGAGCGGAGAACAUACGCUACAUUCAAGAAGCAGUGGCCCGACGAAGACACCAGAAUCGUCGUCACGUCACCGCAGUUCGAGUGGGAGGAGUAUCCAAAUCAGAACAACCCCAAGGGACUGGUGAUCAAUAUCAUGGUCGGUGAUCUCAUACGUAUUCGAGACUACCCAGCAAGGGGAUUUCAGAUACACCAAGACAUUCCAGAUGAUGUUUGGCAAGCAGGGUGCCGUCUCAUUGAGGCGGGGUACAAAAGUCAUCUCCCGUAG